CGGGCUGCGCGCGCUGCUGGAUAAAGGCAUGCCGUCUCCCCCCUUCUCACACACGACUUUAACACGGCACAUUGGAGUGAUUCGGUGUUUCUCUGGACGGGGGGAAAAAAGCCGAGGGAAGAGUGACUUUGGGACGUUUUCUCCGAAGGCGAUAUUAUGAGGCUAGACGUACCAUUCGUGCUGCUGCUGGCACUGAUGAUGACAAUGGGGAUGGUGCUAGGCAGUCGCCGACACCGCCGGCAGCGUAACAAAUCCAACCAAGCACAACCUCGACGUAACAAAUGUAAAUACUUUCGUAAAGGCAUUAUAUCAGACUGUGAUCCUGCCACCAACAUGAGGAGUGUGACAUUUCAGCUUAAAAAGGGGGAGAACUGUCCUCCAACUCAGGUUUAUCACCAGUCUUGCACGACUGACGAUGGUGUGAACAAUGGCAUGGGCAGCCAGUCGGCUGACUGCAGGUAUUCACGCAGUAGCCCAUGGUCUGAGUGUGGACCUAACAUUCUAACAAAGACAAAAGUCAUGACCCUAAAGCCUGGUCAACCUGCCACAUGUCCUCCUACACGGACCAAAACAGCUCCCUGCAGAUCUGGAAAGAGAAACAAGCCUGACCAAUCAAAGAAAAAAGGCUGCAAGUAUGUUCGCAACAGUCCAGUGGUCUGAGUGUGCCCCUGGUGACACUGUGAAAACAAAGGUCAUGAACCUGGAGCCAGGCCAGCCUACAAGUUGUCCUGCUACACGCACAAAAACUGCAUCCUGCAAAGCUCGAAGGAGAAACAAGGCUGUUAGACCAAAAAAAACGUGCAAAUACUUCAAGGGGAGCUGGUCUGACUGUGAUGCCAGUACCAACACCCGCACAAGGGAGUUAACACUGAAGAAAGGUGAUGCAUCUGUGUGCCUCCCCAAGAAGACCAUCACAAAGAAGUGCAAGAAACCUUGCAAGUAUGACAAAGGACCAUGGUCAGAAUGCAGCGAGUCCAGCAGUCAGCGAGAGCGACAGCUGACCCUAAAGAAGGGUGAUCCAAAUGUAUGCAAUGCUACCCUGACGCUGGUGAAACCUUGCCGCCAGCAUGUGGCUUUCACAGCUGCACGAACCAGUGAGUGCCGAUACAAACCUUCAGAUUGGGGAGAAUGUGACAACCGUACCCACACCAUGGUACGCAUCCUAACGCUGAAAAUGGGGGAUCCAGACUUGUGUCAGCUAACUAAGCAGCUCGUCCGAAGAUGUAAACCAUGCCACUUUACCAGAGGUGAAUGGAGUCCGUGCAAUGCAUCAUUUAUAAAGACACGUACAGAUAUUCUUGUGAGAGGAAACACUGCUACUUGUGAAAGAUCACGCACCAUCACCAAAUCAUGUGGCAAGAAAGAUGAAUGCAAAUACAGUACGGGUCCAUGGAGUGACUGUGACCCUGAGACAAAGAGAGGAUGCGGGUCAAAACCCUUACGUCUGGAAAUGCUACAAAAUGUGAAAAAGAGAUAGAGGUCAGACGGCGCUGCCACAAACCUAAUGGAGAAGAAAGCUGCUUCCUAGGUCCUUGGGGGGACUAUGGUCCGUGUCAGCAAGGUGUCAUGAUGAAGCAUCGCCAGGUCAUUGGAGGAGGAGUAGAAUGUGAAAGGAAGGCUGUAAAAUUCAAGCCUUGCUCAUAGGUUCUAUACAUGACACGGAGAGUACCACAUUGCUUAACGACAAUCUAGUGCAUGUGAAACAAGUAUUUACAAGAAGUAUGUGGCUGGAGAAAGUGAAAGCAAAAGAUAAAUGUACUUGCUGACUGCUGAGCUUGUUACCCCCUUUUCUCUCUCAAUUUCAUUUACUUUAUAAAAUUGUUGGUGGGUUAAAAAAAAUUUUGAGAUUAAAAGAGAGGAAGGUCUCUUUCAGAUAGCCACACAGGCAUGACAGUUAAUCUCAAGUAUACAUGAAUUAUAAGCUGGCAGUCAAGAAUGUAUGACGGAACUUAUCUAGUAUGACUAGUCAACAGCCAUUUUAGAAAGGUAACGUUAAACAUGACAGCCAAAACCGACUGCUUAAAACAGAAAUGACUGUUGUUUAGGGUGAUGCAUGGGAGGCUGUGAUUGAACGAAAAUUGUUUUUAAACAAAAAGAUUUGUUUACUAGCCUUUUUUGUUGUUAUAAUAGUGUGAAACAUGACCUGUUUCUUUCAAAAGAACAUAUUUUUAUGGUAUCUUUACAUUUGUAAAAUUAUUUUCCAUGUUCAUCCCAACAAAAGUAAAAGUUUUUUUAAUCCUUAUGUAUUUUUUUAAUUCAAGGAUUUAGGAAAAGAAUAAACAGUGCUCGAGAAGGUGAAGGAUGUAAAAAUUGGAAGUGAAAAGAGCUAUAAGAUACAUCAGUUUGACACUUUAUCGUAGAAUCAAUUCACUGACAACUCUUGUCAUCUUACAUUAACUGAAUUUUUCUAUAGUCAUUUCGAACCUACAAGAUUUUUUUUGUGAUCAUAAGAAUCCAGACUAAAUGAUUGUUGUUUUUUGUGGAAGAAAAUGUGAAAGGUAUACUUAAACACUCCCUUGGGUGUAUAGUUAUCCGAUAACUGAAAAAAAGAAAAAAAAACUUUCAUCAAAUUUGUUAACCAAGGAAAUGGGAAACAGAACAAACUCAUGCUAAUAAAAACUAUUCAGACACCAUGUUGUGUGAACUCAAGAAAAUCCAUCUAAUUUUCUUGGAGUUUUUGUUUUUUAGUUGCUUUUUUUUUCGUUGUUGUCUCAAGACAGUUGUGGUUUUGUAUCAUGUUGUAUCACGUAUUGACAUUGCUGAUCGUCACCUCUGAUGGCUUUUCUCUCAGUAAGCUACUUUCAGGAUAUCAAUAGUAAUCUCACUGAAACAUAGUUGAUCACAUGGCUUAGGACAGUAUCAUAAUGAGUGCUUAAUGUAAAGUUCAUAAGAGGUCAAUUUUAGAUUGUAAAGUAGUAGUUGUAAGGCACUCUAAGAAUGAAUUUAGUGCUCAGAAAUGUUCCAGUGUGGUAGCUGUAUAGAACAUUUCAACACACCUUGUGUAUGUGUGGUUCCUUUUUUUUUAACGGGAUUCUGUUAGGACUACUUAAAGCUAUAUUUUAAACAGAUGAAUUUUUUCUCUGAAGCAUUACCUUUGUGAAAUGUGAAGAAAUGUGCUGGUGUUCAUGGAUUUGAUUUCAGGUAGAUUGUUGUAAAUAUGUUUGUGUGGAGUGUGGAUUGAAGUUGUAUAUUUUUGUUUAGCACUUUCAACGAAAUAUAGAGUAUUUGUAAAUAAAUUUUAACUGAAGACAGCAUAUAGAGCAAAUUAUCAGUUUGACAAUUGUACGUGACCUUAUUAGAAUUUUCUAAUGUUUUCUUAUCAAGGUAAUCAAACCCAAUUAUUUAUGAGCCUCACAUGUAACCAAAUUGACAGCGCCAUUCUAGUAAAAUCUAACAAAUAAGUAUUUAAUUCACUUACAAAAUGGAAAAUACACUCAGUUGCUAGAUUCUACUCAUAAUGUAGUCAUUUUUCAAUAUGCAUACCAAAGUAGCUACAAAAUCAAGGGCUAGAGUUAUGAACCAAGGGUUUAUCUCUGCUCACUACCCUGCAAGAUGACUUCCAUAUGAUCAGCUGAUCUUUUCUUCACCAAUUUGUAAUUACAGAACCCAGCAAUGGUUUUAGUCCAAAGCUGACUCUGAGGCCGUCUUACCUCUGCUUCAUGACCAAGUCAAUGCUUGCUCCCUGUUAAUUCAUCAUUUAGGUCUCAUUUGCAAUCAGAAGUGGCUGCUAUUAUUUUUUUCAUUCAGUUUGCUUAUUAGUCUCUUGUCCACUAGUUGGGAUCAUUCAUUAGUUGUGCAUUUACAGGAUAUAGUUUGUCAUAUCCAUUUGUGCUGUUGGAGAUAACUUUGGAGCCCCAUUUUAAGCUCUGCAAGCAUCUUAGUGAUGUCUAUCUUGAAUUUUAAGCACAUAACAAUGGAUUGGAUAGCUUAUAGCUUAUUUUGAUUUAAUGAAUUGAUUUUACUGUGCAGUAUGAUGAUCUAAACUGUCCGAAUACUUGGCAUAUACUAAAUCGAGGUCAUAGAAGAUGUACUUAACUCUGUGAUACACUUUUGUAGUUUUAGUAAUACAGAUCUCUCAGAAAAUCAUGCUCUGUGUAUUUCUAAUCAGCGGUCAAAACUUAAUGAUUAUUCAAAGUCCUCUGUUACAUGAAUGCCUGUAUUCUUCAUGUUUGCCAGCACAGUGGUAUUCAGUACAAUUGCAGUCUUUCUCACUGCAAACUAAGCUUAGUUACUGCAAGAGAGUAUGACAGCCCUGUCUGUUCACAGCUGCUUAGCCCCCACCCUUCACCAACUUCAUCUGUCUAUAGCUGUGUGUAUAUCAUGUGAUGAUAAUCUCCUUAGCAUCACAGGGGGCCAUGGUGUUGUGAUAUCCAAGUGAUCUGCAUACAACACACACGCAGCAGUGUAAGUCAUGUCCACUACAGUGAGCUUUACACGUGUUGCUUUUUGUAUAAAAACUGCUUUAGUUAGCACAGCAUUUUUUAACCAUAGCUGCCUUUACAGUAGAUGACAGUUCUUUGGAGCAGAUUUUCUAAUGUCUUAUGUCGUCAUUCUCUUUACAGUUCAGUUUCUUGUUCAUUUUCUCUGUACACAUGAUUAUUUGACUAACUGUAAAGAGUUAAUUUGUUUUACAGUGCAUAAAGAACUAAGUUCUCAAUGUGUUGUCAAACAACAUGUAAAAGAUCAUUCACAAAAAUAUUACAGACUACAUUUGAUUUAUCCAUGCAUCUCUGGGUGCUAUUGCAUUAGUUUAUUCCUUGUUGCUCCUUUAAGGAGCAUAGGGCUGCAACACUAUUACAUUACCAAUACAUAAAUAACAUGAAGAGUUAAAAGCUUUGUAAAUACAUAGCAUUCUUAACCAACAGAUUGCUACUCUUCAAAAGAAUCUGUAUUUUAAUGUAUAAACAUCUCUACAUGUUAGACAUGCAAAAUCUUUUAUCAAUCACAAUCUUUAUCAUGCAGUCUAGGAAAAUUUGGUCACUGAUGCAACCUCCUGUUACUGUAGUGUUCUGAAAUGCAGUAGACAAUGUGAGCUGGUAUGGUUCCUUUUAUUAUGCUGUACACCAUAUUUGUGCAAUAAAACAUGAUCUUUUGCAA